AUGAGAAUCAUCAAAAUUUUACUACUCUUUUGCAUCAUCUCUUCAGUUUUUACACAACUUCCUUCUGAUGCUCCACAACCUGGUCAACGUAAGAUCCUUUAAUCUAGUUUAUUUAGCUAACUCAAGUAGCUCUAGUCCUCCAUAAGGUGCCCCAACUGGUUUACAAGGAUAAUAAAAUACAGCUGGUAAUUCACAAUCUCUUAUAACUUUAAGGUGGCCAAUAACCAGGAGGAUAACAAUAAGGAGGUAUGCAACAAGGUGGAUAAUAACCUGGUGGAUAAUAACCUGGUGGAAGGGCCAAGAAAUGCUAACCAACAUAAGCACAACAAGGAUUAUAACAAUAAGGAUAAUAAUAAUAAUAAGGACAAUAAUAAUAACCUAGUUAAUAAACUAUGCCUGGAAAUCAACUUCCUGGUUAAUAAGUUUAAUAAUAACCAUCAGGCACAUAAACAACAUAAUAGUAACCUGGUACAGGAUAAUUUCCUAGUGGAACAUAACAAUCUGGUGGAUUUUAGUAACCAGGAGGAGUCUAAUAACCAGGUGGAUUUUAAUAACCAGGUGGAGUCUAAUAACCAGGUGGUGUUUAACAAUAAGGUGGAGUCUAAUAACCAGGUGGUGUUUAAUAACAAGGCGGAAUUUAAUAACAAGGUGGAGUUUAAUAACAAGGCGGUGUUUAAUAACCAGGUGGAGCCUAAUAACCAGGCGGUAUUUAAUAAUAAGGUGGAGUUUAAUAACAAGGCGGUGUUUAAUAACCAGGUGGAGCCUAAUAACCAGGCGGUAUUUAAUAAUAAGGUGGAGUUUAAUAACAAGGCGGUGUUUAAUAACCAGGUGGAGCCUAAUAACCAGGCGGUAUUUAAUAAUAAGGUGGAGUUUAAUAACAAGGCGGUGUUUAAUAACCAGGUGGAGCCUAAUAACCAGGCGGUAUUUAAUAAUAAGGUGGAGUUUAAUAACAAGGCGGUGUUUAAUAACCAGGUGGAGCCUAAUAACCAGGCGGUAUUUAAUAAUAAGGUGGAGUUUAAUAACAAGGCGGUGUUUAAUAACCAGGUGGAGCCUAAUAACCAGGCGGUAUUUAAUAAUAAGGUGGAGUUUAAUAACAAGGCGGUGUUUAAUAACCAGGUGGAGCCUAAUAACCAGGCGGUAUUUAAUAAUAAGGUGGAGUUUAAUAACAAGGCGGUGUUUAAUAACCAGGUGGAGCCUAAUAACCAGGCGGUAUUUAAUAAUAAGGUGGAGUUUAAUAACAAGGCGGUGUUUAAUAACCAGGUGGAGCCUAAUAACCAGGCGGUAUUUAAUAAUAAGGUGGAGUUUAAUAACAAGGCGGUGUUUAAUAACCAGGUGGAGCCUAAUAACCAGGCGGUAUUUAAUAAUAAGGUGGAGUUUAAUAACAAGGCGGUGUUUAAUAACCAGGUGGAGCCUAAUAACCAGGCGGUAUUUAAUAAUAAGGUGGAGUUUAAUAACAAGGCGGUGUUUAAUAACCAGGUGGAGCCUAAUAACCAGGCGGUGUUUAAUAAUAAGGUGGAGUCCAAUAACAAGGCGGUGUUUAGAAACCAGGCGGUGUUUAAUAACAAGGUGGUUAAUAGUAAUAAGGAGGGUAAUAUCCUGGACAAUAAUAAGGAGGUUAGCAAUAAGGAUAAAUGGGAUAAGGCCAAGGUUAGAUGGGUUAAGGACAAGGAUAAGGAUAAGGAUAAGGACAAGGAUAAAUGGGCUAAGGACAAGGAUAAAUGGGUUAAGGAUAAGGAUAAAUGGGUUAAGGAUAAGGAUAAGGUCAAGGAUAAGGUCAGGGAUAAGGAUAAAAACCUUAAGGGCCACCUUAAUCAAAAGGAUAAUGGACUUAAGAUUCAGAAUAAUAACAACAAUGUAUUGAAGUUGAAGUGACUUGUGCUGAAAAUGAAAUAGUGUUCAAAGAUAGAUGUGUCGCCUCCACCUGCGAAAAUUUGGAUAAAGUUCAAAGCAAACAGGAAGGUGGAAAAAAGAAGUUACCAAUGAAAUUUGAUGGAAAAGCUGACUUCAAUGACAAUAAAGAUGUUGUUGUAUAAUUAGCAUUCCCUGAUAACAAAGAUAAACCACUUAUUAAAUCAGACGGAAAUGCCAAUGCUUGUAUAGAGAGAUAAAUUUACAGAUAUAGACCAAGUUUCUUAAGUGAAACAUUAGAUGAUUCAACUGUUACAAGCAGUUAUGACGAUGAUAAACAAUUAAGAAUUUGGGAAUUCACAAUCUUGAAUGCAGACAUAGAUAGUAAAUUAUUCAAAGAUGAAUAAACCGAUAAAAUUGUCUAUACUGGUUACUAUUCAGUCAAACUAACAAUAUAGGAGAAGAAAUUAGUUUAAUUCUUCUUUACAUUCUUUGUAGCAGUUGACUUGGAUGGAAAUGUUUUAACAGCUCAAGCCACAUCUGAAGCCUAAGAUGACACUCCUGCUUGUGCAACUGAAGAUAAUUGUGUUUCUAGAGCAGAAACUGAAGUAGGAUUCUGCAGUGAUCAAACCUGUUCAACCCUUGUUGAAUAACCAUAAGUAUAUGCUGGUUAAAAUUUCUAUGUUGUUUAAAGAGUAAAAUAAACUGGAUUUGAAUAAUGGAAAGUUGGAGAUGCUGAUGUUACUAUAACUGGUGAUGGAGUGAAUAAGAAAUUGAAGCCCACUUAAUAGUAAAAACAACCAGGAUAAACUAUUUAUACCCUAAAUAUUGAUAUUCUUGCUAAUAAUGUUGAAUUCUCAGUUAAUGGUAAACUUGAAGAUCCAAAUUCAACUAGGAGAUUCAGAUUUUUAGAAGAUGCUUCUACAAUCGAUGGUGCUGAAGUUUCCUCUGCGAAAGCUGUUGGUUCAACUACUUUAGAAUGCAUAAAGAAAGAUGCUAAUUCUUCAUGCCCAACCAUUGAAGAAGCGAAAGCGUACAACAAACCAGAUUGUGGAACUAUUGGAUAGGUAGAAUGUGAAAGCAAUAAUAAUUAAAUCUGGUCUUUUGUAAUGUUUGCCAUUAUCAUGCUAGUUCAAUGA